UAGAGCCCCCGAAGGCACAACCUGCCCGAACACCCUAAUACCGCCAAUCACGUAAGACUGGAUACCAGGCUAGAAACCAGUGCGACUACCCGUGCAUGGUACACACUCUGACCGCCCGAGGGCUACAGAGAGUAAACCGCAGCACGUCACACGGGUCACUCAAAACAUACUCCUUCUCAUAAGGCCUCAAAAUGUCCAAGUUUAACGCAUUACGGUUGUAAAUUCGCGUCGAGGGAUGCCGUCGCCACACGUGCAUGCGGUCUUGGCGGUGGUCUGCUCGACGCUGGCGUUGUGCGGACUAGGAGACGCCAUGUCUGUUCGAUUCCGCCUGGUGAACAGCACUGUGCCUCAUCGCGGCCGACUGGAGCUGUACAGGAACAGCAGCUGGCAGCCUGUCUGUGCGGACAGCUGGGGACGGCAGCAGACUGAGAUGGCAUGUCGUUCCCUUGGUUUUCCAGGGGCCGUCUCCUACGACACAGAAGCGCUCAUCACCACGAAUAACAGCAUUGUCCUAAAUACCUCCUGUGUCUCCAACAACGCUACAACAGAAAACUGUACAACCGCAAACGCCUCCUGUAUCAGCGUCAACGGCACGGUAGAAAACUGCUCUUUCGUCAUUGACAGCGCUCCCUGCCGGAAUAACAGUGUUGUAGCAGUCCACUGCCACGAGAAAGCAGAGAGGUUAAGGUCCACGUGCAAGUAA